CGCCAUGCUGCCCGGGGUGGGGGUGUUCGGCACCGGGCUGACGGCGCGGGUGAUCGUGCCGCUGCUGAAGGCGGAGGGCUUCGCCGUGAAGGCGCUGUGGGGCCGCACGCCCGAGGAGGCGGAGGAGCUGGCCAAGGAGAUGAGCGUCCCCUUCUACACCAGCCGCAUCGACGAGGUGCUGCUGCACCAGGACGUCGACUUGGUCUGCGUCAACCUGCCGCCGCCGCUCACCCGGCAGGUCGCCGUCAAGACCCUGGGCAUUGGAAAAAAUGUCAUCUGUGACCGAACGGCGACUCCCCUGGAUGCCUUUAGGAUGAUGACUGCGGCUCAUUACUACCCAAAGCUCAUGAGCAUCAUGGGGAACGUUUUACGCUUCCUGCCUGCUUUUGUGAAGAUGAAACAGCUGAUCCAGGAGGGUUACGUAGGGGAACUGCUGGUGUGCGAGGUGCAGGUUCACAGUGGAAGCCUGCUAGGCAAGAAGUACAACUGGAGCUGUGAUGACCUGAUGGGAGGUGGGGGCUUGCACUCGGUUGGCACCUACAUCAUCGACCUCCUGACCUUCCUCACCAGCCAGAAGGCCGUGAAAGUGCACGGGUUGCUCAAGACCUUCGUGAAGCAGACGGACCACAUCAAGGGGAUACGGCAGAUCACCAGUGAUGACUUCUGUACCUUUCAGAUGGUCCUGGAAGGAGGCGUGUGCUGCACGGUGACGCUCAACUUCAACAUCCCGGGGGAGUUCAAACAAGACAUUAUUGUGGUGGGUUCGGCAGGACGGCUGAUUGUAAUAGGCACUGACCUCUACGGACAGAGCAACAGCUCUCCUCAGCGGGAGCUCCUGCUAAAGGACUCCACGCCAGUCAGCAACUCCUUACUUCCAGAGAAAGCCUUCAGCGACAUCCCAUCGCCCUACCUCCGGGGCACCAUUAAGAUGGUCCAAGCUGUCCGGCAAGCAUUUGAGGACCAGGACGACAGGAGGACCUGGGACGGGAGGCCCCUUACGAUGGCUGCCACUUUUGAUGACUGCCUGUAUGCCCUGUGUGUGGUGGACACCAUUAAAAAGUCAAACCAGUUGGGGGAGUGGCAGAACAUUUCAAUCAUGACUGAGGAGCCAGAACUGAGCCCAGCAUACUUAAUCAGCGAAGCCAUGCGGAAGAGCAGGAUGUCUCUGUACUGCUAGCUCCUCUUGGCUCCUAGGAAAGAAUAGGAACCAGACAGCUCUCAAAGGAGAUGGUAAUUCAGCCCCUGUGAAGGGCUUGGGUGUCUUAGAAACAGCUGAAGAGAAGGAAAUACAGUGUCUGGAUCAAUUAAAUCUGUUGGCAGCUAAAUGCCAAAGUGAUAUGGUCCUUCAAAAUGCCCAAAACAGAUAGAAGACGUAAGAGCUGAUAUAACUUAACUGUUUUAAUAACAGUAUUAGCUGGGUGAUUGGAAAGAUAUAUCACGGACUCAUCUCCUGCUUGCAGGUGCUUUAGAUUAUCCAAUUGUGUUUACUGUGAAAGGUUGGGAAGAUCCUUUUAGAUUUUCCUUACCUACCAGAGGGCUGUGAAGGUACUGUCAUGUCGUUAAAUUUUCUGUAGUGUCUGACAUGAAUGGUUCCUACCAUGACAGCUGACACCACCAUGCUGUAGUACUACACCUCUAACCAACACACAGAAUAACAGGACUUGGUGUGAAAGUGUUGCGUGACAGGGAAAAUCUUGGCAGCUCACUUUUCAUACAACCUGUUAGGAGCUUCUCUAUGUUGGUUUAGCUAGUUGGUUUUUGUUUGGUUUGAUUUUUUUUAAAGCACAAUUAAGUAGGAAAAUGUGUGGCUUUUAAAACAAAGCAGUCCUCAACCACAGUGCAUAUGCCCCAGUAUUUGGGGAGGGAGGGAGGGUCUUCUAUGAGCUCCCUGUAAGCUUCAGUAUUACAUAUUUGCUGAUUGAAUGGGUUGUGGAAAACCUUUAACAGAUGACAAGUGGCACGACACAGUAGUGAUAGCGCGUUUUAUUACACAGCCAAACUCAGGCUAGUCUUACGAAGGUCUCCUGUGUCUGGGACUGACUUUUGAGUGAAUUCAUCAUGCAUUUUGGUUCUAGUUGGAAAACAAUAGAAACACAACCCAAAACCAUACAAUGUUUAGAUGAGCUGUGUUCUUUUAAACCUUUGUGAACUCACACUUGAGAGAUGCACACCAAGUAAUUUCACAUCCCUCAACCCAGAAGCUCUCGCCUCCAUCAAGUGCUGAUUGUGACUGAAAAACAAAAGGGAUGAACAAAUUUCCCGUCCAUUUCCAAGGAAAAUAAUUGACAUAGGACUCCCACUCUCCUCAUCUCCUUAAAGUGGCCAGCUACUGGUACUGUAGUAAUCAUUCCCUGUCAUCAGUGCAGGGGUGAACAAACUCUUUUGAUAUGUUUGUCCUGUUCUUCUUUUUAAUAUUUUAGUUGCAGUCUUGAAAUAAUAUAUUAUUUUGAGAAUAUCUUCUUGAAUGAAUAUAGUGAAAGGCACAUAAAUUAUUCCCACUAAACAGGGAUACUGUUUUUCUGCAUAAAGCUGCUCCACUGCUGAUGUGUUUACAGUGCUAGGUCUUCAGACAGUAAAAAAGUAGAACACAAGCAUAUGGCACUAAAUUACAUUAAACUUGAGAAAAACCUUUUCAGGGUUUGUUUUGUUAACUUUGAUGAGGGGAAAGAAGAAAGCAUUUGGAUGAACAGUAAAUGAAAAGACAAAAUAUGACUCCUCUUUCUCAAGGCCAUCCCAUUAGUGUGGCCCUUAUAGUUUAGAAGGAGAACUGUCAGAGUAAUUUAGAUUUUUUAAAACCACUUACAGUUUUGCUGUUUUUAUGAGCACUAAGGACUUCUCUAGGGUUUUUCCUACAAAUGACUCUGAUUGCUCUAUGCUCUUGCCUGUCCUAUGCCCAGUUUUAGAGCUUUGUGGUUUUGAAAAGGAGGGCAUCAAUAGUGUGGUUUAUCUUAUCUGACUUUAACCAGCAGAAAGUCAUGUGUCUUGCCCUGAUCAGCAAGGACACAGUGGUCAAUACAGAGAGAGCUCUCCAAAGGCUGACUCAGUUCAUCCUAAGAUUAAUAUAGAAGGAAGUGUCCAUUGGAAAUGCCCGUCCUCCUCCUUUGCAUAGAAUUUUGGCUUCUAAAUUUUUAGGUGACUCCCAGCGUGAAAUUAUUCAUGUGUGAUUAAUUUUUCAAGAGCGUAUGUGUGACCUUUCAUUAAAUAGUCCCCAAAGUGUAACAGUGUGACUGAUGAAGGAAUAAUGUAAUACUGCAAAACCACACCCUACGGGACAAUUGUUUCUAUCUAUGUUGUUCUGCCGGUUUCAGCAACUCUCUCUGGGCCUGACUGUUUCUGCUAAGACCUCAGGCAAGCUUUCAUUUUUCCUUCUUGAAAGCACUUCUUGACAAGUUUGGUUGUUUUUCGUAAAAAUGGAUUUCUUUGAGAAUUCCUGAGGUACUAUCUGUGCCAAGAGGAAUUUCCCAUUGUAAUUGUCAUUGUAUAGCAUGCUAUCCAGUUCCUUCCCUCAAAAGUACAAAGAGUAACAAGAAGAGAGAAUUUGACCAAGAAAUCACCUAUCUCUCUCCUUAAAAAUGGAAUUAGACCCAAGGGGAUCAAGAGAGUUUUCAUAAAGUAAAGCUAAAGCCAUUUACUGAACAUAGUGGUCUAGUUCAAGUCAUGAAUGCAAGUCUGGUGGAUAAUUAACCAUGUACAGUUAAACAUCAUUCAAAAGUGGAACGAAACAUGGACCAAAACAUUUGUGAAUCUUGCUUCUCAGUGGUUUAGCGAUUGUUCUGGAAUUGCUGUUCAUGUCUUUGCACUUCAUUUUGGUUUACAAAUGUUGACCAUUUUUCCUAUCUAUGUUUUCUUCUUUUCUCUGUCUUUCUGAGUUUUGUGAUGCCAGUUGGAAGCAGCACCUGCAAUGAACAGUCCUCAGGUGAGACAUAGUGUAUAGGGAUAUAACUACUGAGCUCAAAACUUUCUGUCCUGGAUCCAAAGGUUUAGGUGACAGGCAUCAUCCAUCCUCUGUGCAGACUUAGUGAUGCAGCUAGUGCUGCUUAGCAGAAAGAAAAUCUUAAUGCUUUGGGUACACAGCCAUCUGAUGCUGGUUUUAGUACUGGCUUGCAAGUGGGUUGAACCCUAUACAACUCACUGUGUGACUGCAGUGCUGGCCCCAGAGAGACAGCCAGAAUGAGCAGGGACAGGGUGGGACCUCUUCUUCUGAUGGCAACAGAGAUCUUAUGCUAGAUUUAGGUGAAGUUGUUACCUAACUGAAAUGGCGGCAGUAGCUGCAUAUAUUCAGGAUUUUACAGCAGUUAUUCCAUUCUCUAGGAAGUGAAGGGGCUGUAGUGUCAAGUAUAAACAUACUAAACUUCCACCUGGCUUAGAGGAGGAAAGAAUUGGUUUAUUUAUUGAAUGUGUAUUGUUAUUCUGAUAAAUCAUUCUUUUAAAGUCUGGGAUCUUUCUUGGCAGCAUCCAGCCCUCUGUUCUUUUGUUACAGUUGAAAGCACAUUGAAUUUGACCUAAGUAGCCUCUGGAGUUCGUGCUGGAUUUAAGAAUUUGGGCAGGAGAUACAGAGAUGUACUGGAUUGAACUCAAAAGCGGUACCACCCCAGAAAACAUGUAUUUGGAAUUGCACUUCUAAAGCUGUUCUUUAAUGCUGUGCCACAAGUUUUGAGACGAAUGCUGCUAAACUGGUGCAGGCUGAAGAGCCAAACUGUGGCUACUGCUGGAAUUCACAGUAGCCCCCAAACGAACUUUUUUAUACACUAGGUAUGUUCACUCCUCUUUACCAGGGCUGCUGUUGGAGAGGCUCUUUCCUUUGCCUUUAACCUGUGCACAUAGGAUCCUGAACAUUAUGGUCUAUUGCCAAAGACAAAAAGAGUCAAAGGGUGAGCCCAGGUGAAAUGCUUUGUGGCUCUGCAGGGCUCUGUUCCAGUGCUGUGACAGUCAGUUGAGAGAUGGUGUCUUAUUUCCCAUGGGAAUUGCAUUGGUGUUCACAUCAGGGGUAGAGCAGCCCUACUCUGUGUGACAGCAGGGCACAACUUAAAUGUGCCCAAACAACCUUAAAUGUGCCCAAAGGGAGAGUGGUGACUGCAGCAGGGAGCAACAGGAAGGUGUGUCUGCAGGCUGGUACCUCUAUGCUAACAGGGAGAAUAUACUGGUCACAUGGAGGGUGAGGGCUGUACCUCCUGAGGGUGACAGCAGCAGCCUUGCUCCACCUCUGUGUUUGGGAGCCCAAGAAGGGACCCUGCCCUUGGGGAAGCAGCAUCCGUCUCAUACUCCUCCUAGAUACACGCACAUCAUCAGUGCUGAUCUCAGUGAAGCCCUACAUGGAAGCAUAAGAACUCUUCGGGAGCUUGGGAUUUCCUAUACCUAGUAUCGUGCAUGUGUUAAAUUAGUAGUACUUUAGCUGUGUAGUUAGAAAAUACCAAGUAGAGAUGAUACUUACCCAUGCCAGCCAGUGUGGCAGAGAAUCGGGGCAUGCGUAGAUGAGUUUAGGCUCAGGAUGGGCUGCUGUGGAGUUCACCCUUUGCUUUGGCUGAAAGCAUGAGAAAUUCCUGCCCAGCCAGCAUCGGGCAAUCAGAGGCACUACCCACUUUGUACUUAGUGUUCCCUCCUUUGCAAUAGUUUUCAAAAAAAGUGACUGUACAAGUGAACAGCUGUCCUGGAAGUUCAGCCAUUCAAAAAAGGAGGCUUUUCUGCUGUGUGUGGUCACAGCACAAGGACAAUUCAAUUUCUCUGUUGCCUUGUUUGUUUCCGUGUCCAUACAAAUGUGGAAAAGACCCAGACAAUUUAAAAUGACUCAUUGAGCUACCAAGAAAAAAAGAAAAGGCAUAUUUGAUUUAAUGGGUAAAGGUAAACAUAGUGACUUGAUUUUGCCUUUGCAGAGAUUUAGAAAUUAGUGAUGACAGAAUUUCUUGUUGCUGGGAAUUUUUAUAUUUGACUUUUAUCUAAGGCCUUCAAUAUAAAAUAUCACACAUUAUGAAGUUCUGUAUUUACAAGGGUUUAAAAGUACGCAGCAGAGUUUUGGCUUUGUGCAGAUACUCAGCACUGGUGUGGUGUUCCAGUGGCCCAGUGAUGUACUGUUAAGUAUGUAUGAAACUUAACACUGGACUUUUGACCUCUGCAGUGCUCUUUGGGUAUCUAGAGCUAGUUGUGAAAUGGCAGGAUUAUUCAGGACAGCAGUUUGUUUUUGUUGUUGUUGAAGUUGUUACUUGUGGGGAGCAAAGUUUGUAAAUUUUAGAGAUGAAGUAUGACUGAAUAAUAUUUGGCAGUCUUAUCUGCUUUAAAAUUUCCUCUCUCUUGAGCUACUGGGUGAAGUCUGUCCAAUAAAAAUAAUUUCCCUUAACUGCCCACUUCCAUUUGCUCAUGAAAAGAAGAAAUUUUAAGUAAAUGGGACUACACAUAAUGCUGCAUUCAUGAACCGAUGUCAAAACCUCAUGACUUAAUGAGUGUAUGAAGCCAGAGACCAGACAAGUAAUGACUUUCUCGAAGCUGCCAGAUUGAGGCCUUGGGGUUGGGAAAUGAAGGGUAUCAACAUAGGUCAAACUGAAAUAGCUUUUAUUCAGCAUUUUGAGUUAAAUGAAUAAACAGAAUGCCUAUGGUCAAUCCAAAAUUGAGGGUGACACAAAACAUGUUUGUAUGAGGUUAUUUAAAUUUUUUUUUGGGGGAUUAAGUUCUAUUUUUAAAGAAUGAUGUUUUGAAAUUAAAGGUUUUAAAAAUCUAUCUUUUAUUAUGUUUUGGCAUGUGUGAAAUUAACUGUUUGGGAUUGAGUUUGGGGUUUGGCUUUGGGGUUUUUUUUUUUGGUUUGUUUGCUUGGUUUUUUGAUUGAUUUUUGUUGGGCUUUUAUUUAAGUUCAUACCUUAAAAAAUUCCAUCUAUUUGGUUUAAGAACAUUCAGUGAAUUCAGCUGCCCUUGGCAGGUUCAGCUCUGAACCUGUAGCUUCACAGUGUCUUACAGUGACCCCAUUUCUAACAUCUGAAUUUGGCCAUCUGGGUUUCAUUUGUGUCUUCUUGUGGCAGUGGGAAAACUGGUUCAUUACAUGGAGCUGGCUACAGAUAAUCAAGAUACUUUUUGCAGCAGUGCCAGACAUCGUCUUUAAAAGCACUUAACUCUAUUGACUUGUUUACCAUGGUUAUUUAUGACUUUCCAGCUAUGUGCUGUCCAUUAUUUCCUUUCCUUUUUAUACUAGCCUUCAGACUCACUUCUCUCCCCUCUGUUUCUCAUUCCAUUGCAAACCUGGAGGCGAGUCUCCCUUGUUUCCCACUGAGCUCACGCUCAGUCUGUGUUACACGUGGCGUACAGGGUGGCUAACCUACAACUUGAAGUAGCUUUUAACACAGGUCCAGUACAGGAUAUGUGAACACCACAACUGAAUGCCUAGCCAGGGCAGGAAUCCAAACUCCCUGCUACGCUGUCCUUCACAAGCAACACGCACUGUUCCUCUCCCACUGGUUUGCUUUUAUUUGAUUUUGAAGAUGAGAGUAUGUUCAGUUUGUUGCUGUGUCGAUAUUAAGUAUAUAUUUAUUGUUUUUUUCAGACAUACAUACAUAUAUAUAAAUGCUAUAUAUAUAUAAUGUCAACGCAUGGACAUAUGUACAGUAGAUAUUUUAAAGAGCUAUUUAUCAAGAAAAGUAAGUGUUAUAAGUAAACAGAGUUUAUAUUUUAUAUAUUAUGUAGAUAGCAAAAAAAAAAAAAAGUGGUUAAAUUAUAGUAGGACUUUUGGGGAUGGGGUUGGAGAAAUGGGCAAGGACUGGUUCUAGCAUUUUAAAUAGCCAAACUACUUUGUACGGAAGCUGCCUGCUGUGCCUCUCGGCUGCAAUAUCUGUUUGUUUCUUCUUUUGGAAGAUGAUGUGCAUUGUUACUUUUACAUUGCUUGGGGAAUGUAGUUAGUUUAUUCUCAGCCAACUGGUAUGUGCUGCUUAAAACAUGGUUUCCUGCUGUUCUGCGUAUUUGCAUUGAUGGAAUAAAGGAUCUUAACUGGCAAAUAAAGACGUAAAAGGAUGUGAUCUCAGC